UACUUCCGUUUUGUUUGUCCUUCCGAGGCUUCCGUCGAAACUAGUGACGUUUUGUCGACAUUUUUGAAAGUUCGGCGCGGUAAUUUUUAACUCUCAUCGCUGUUGCUUCCCGUUCACUGUGGAAAAAAAGGAUAGCAUGGCUGAAUUCACUUCCCCCGAGAGCUGCAGAAUCCGAAGUCUCAAAAACGGAGGAGGAAGAACGCCCAUCACCAUCCCGGCCUCGCCGUUCAUGAAAAAGCUCGGAUGCGGGACGGGAGUCAGCGUCUACCUGAUGGACAGAGUGGGGGACAAAAACGCAUCACCCUGGGCCAUCAAGAAGCUCAACAGCAAAUGUACCGGCAAACAGGCUAAGCUCUACCAGGAACGUCUGAAGGAGGAAGCUAAGGUCCUCAAAGGAAUCGACCAUCCCAAUAUUGUCGGUUUCCGGGCGUUAGCUACGGCCAAAGACGGCUCCAAGUGUCUAGCCAUGGAGUUCGGAGGAGAACGUUCGCUCUACGACCUCAUCGAGACGCGUCAAGAAGAUGGCCUUCAGGCUUUUCCCGCUGCCGAUAUUGAAAAAGUGGCACUUCAUGUCGCUCGUGGACUGCAGUAUCUCCACAAUGAGAAAAAACUAUUACACGGCGACAUGAAGUCUGCCAACGUGGUCGUCAAGGGAGACUUUGACGCCGUCAAGAUAUGUGAUGUGGGCGUGUCCCUCAAGCUGGAUGAAAACAUGACACUGUCGGACCCGGAUGACGAGUACAUAGGCACGGGUCCGUGGAUGCCCAAGGAGGCCCUGGAGGGGGACGUGAUCACAGAUAAGGCAGACAUCUUUGCCUACGGCUUGACACUCUGGGAGAUGAUGAGCCUGGCUAUGCCACAUAUGGGCCACUUUGAGAAUGGCGAUGAAGACGAGUCAAUGCAAGCAAGCUUCGACGAGGAUGCCUACUUGGCCCGACAGGGCACGCGACCACCUCUGGAUGCCAAGGCCCUGGGCGAGUCCUACAGGAAGAUGCUGGAGCUCUUCUACGUGUGCACAGAGGAGGACCCCAAGAAGAGACCCUCGGCCGCGCAGAUCGUGCAAGCGCUGGAGGGCAGAACGAGCGUGGCCUGCGAGGUUUGAAUCCUGACGACAUCACUUGGGAUGUUUUUUCUUUUUCCUGUUGCUGUACACUAUAUAUCCUUGAAGACUUUUCUUCCAAUUUUGUAUGUAUGUGGUCUAAUUUCAUUCCAAAAAUGAAAACCAGGAUAUUAAAGCAACGGCUGUUUA